CAAAGUGGACUUGAACAUCCCGCACUCUGGAUGGCGGUGUGGUGCUACAUGUCUGACAUCUUCCUCUUGCUGUAGCUAACAGGAAGUGGUGGGUAGAACGAUCCACAAAAGAUAUUUCAUUCUGUUCAGGUCGUCAUUGGAAACCAUCCUCAGCAAUGGUGAAGAUUUUUGUGGGGAACCUUCCCCGAGAAGCUACCGAGGAUGAGAUCAAGGAGCUCUUUGAGGAGCACGGCACGGUCACUGAAUGCGCCAUCAUCAAGAACUUUGCCUUUGUCCAUAUGGAUGACCGUAAGGCUGCCACCAAAGCCAUCAGGACCCUUCAUCAGCACAAGCUCCACGGCACAGCGAUCAACGUCGAGGCCAGCCACGGGAAGAACCAGGGCCCCGUGAAACUGCAUGUAGCCAAUGUAGAAAAAGGAGCUGAUGACGAACUCCGUGCUCUGUUUGAAGAGUACGGUACGGUCACAGAGUGUGCUGUUGUCAAGAAUUUUGCUUUUGUGCACAUGCCCAACUAUGAUGAGGCCAUGGAUGCUAUCAAAGGGCUUGAUAACUCUGAGUUUCAAGACAAACGCAUCCACGUUCAGGUUUCUAAGAGUCGACCGAGGUAUGAAGAAUGUGAAGACUACCCACCUCCUCCCCCAGACAGGGGAGGCUACUGGCCUCCACACUAUCCAGGAGAGCGGCCUGAGCCUCCCCCACCGGGCUACCUGAGGGCUCGCCCCAUGCCCCCUGGUUACCCAGGUCCUCCUCUGCCACCCCCUCCCCCGAGGCGGGCGGCUUAUCCUGAGCGAUCCUAUGACAGCGAAAGGGAGGGAUACAGUGUAGUAGAUUACUACGAGAAGUACCGAGCUCGUCCGUACGCCAUGUCUCCCUAUGAAGAGCAUCGUGCUAUACCCCCACCUCCUCCGCCUCCGCCCUCUUCUGUCGUUCGAGACCGCCUUAUGACCUCACCGCUUAAUCCAUAUGAGCGUCGGCCCCUCCCUCCUCCCCCUCCGCCUCCCCCCUCAUCGUACUACGCCCGAGAUCGCAGCCCAAUCCGGAGGGCUCCUAACGCACCGUUGCCCCCUCCGCCCAGUAACGGCUAUGCCUACGAUCGCUCUCCAUACACAGUUCCACGUGCAAGGGACCCCUAUGCGGACCGGCUGCCUCCGCCACCACCUGCACGCUACGCAUACUAAUGCAACACGUCAGCAUUUUGAAGGAUUGUUGUCCGACUGCGUCGCCGCUUCCUGAUUCACGUGACUUUAUCCUCUUCCUGUCUGCGGCUGAGCGCGUUUCGUUCCUCUACAACACUCAAAAGGAUCUGAAUUCUUUUCGUCAAUGGCUGUUUGUUUGGUUUUAGUGCUUAGAAUAUGUUUUUUCCUUCUUCUGACUGUUUUAGUGUUGAAUUGUACUGUAAAAUCCUUACUUUCAAACGUCUGAAUGGGGCGUCUUUUUAUUUAAAACAACCUUUUCGUUUUAUUAAGCGUAAUAUUGUGUGUGACCUUAGAAAGUUAAAUAAUAUUCGCAUUCCUUUAAAGGCGGCUUUAGUUUACUCCCCAACCUGCACGUUUGAUUAAUCAUGUAAAUGCUCUCCAUCAAAAUUCAAACUUCUGUGGCGUUGCUGUGAAACGUAAAUGGAAAACAUGUAAAUUAGUAACUGCCCAUUUAAUGACGCAAUUAAUACUGUGCGUUUGCAAGAUCUGCUAAAUUUUCCCUUUUGGUAAAAUAACUUUUGAUUAGUAAGUGUGAUCUCGAUGCUCACUGCGCAACACCUUUUCACCUCUGUAACCGUUUGUAAUUGUUUGCUGAUUUUAAUAAUCUUUUUCUCAAUAGAAACAAGCGAAUCACAGCCAUGUAAAAGCGUUACGUUGAUUAAAGAACGUCUUGUCGGCUCUUGUGAGAUCAUAGUUUUUACCACUCACCACCGUACCACUCGACUUUACCCAGUCAGCAUCAAAAUUUAAAUAAAAGUCAACUCGUAAAGUUCUUCCUAGUGUACGCAAAGAUUUCCAAGCCACAACCUCUGUUGACCUGGGGCCAGCACUAACAUCCAAAGGCUGUAGGGGAGCUUCACAGUCAGCAGGUAAGUCAAGGGAUUACUGACACCAGAAAGAUGUCACCUGUUUAUGUUUUUACUGCUUUUGUAGAUCAUCUAUUUUAGGAAUUGAGGACUUCAUGUUGUAGGAAUGAAACAGGACAAUGAAGUUUUACAAUUUAGGAGUUUUUACUAUUAAUGUACGGCUUCACAGAUGGGUGACAAAAAACGAGACGUCGAACAACUGUUGUUCCCCAACCCAAGACAUAUCUACUCCAUACAACUGAUACCAGCAUCAGUAGGUCGGACAUUGAAUGAUUUGUGUACUAUAUGAUACGAAUCAACAUCAAAGUGUUCUUGUUGGGCCUCAUGUUUAAAAAAUAUAGUGUAUGCACAAAAAAAUUCAAAAUGAUGAAUAAGCACAUUCCAAAUCAGUUGACUACCUCUUGGAAUAUCAGGCACCUCUCUUGACAUGACCCUAUUGUAAUAUGAAAAAAGAUGGAAACAUGGCCUCCAUGUUCUUUGUACGAUAAAAGGAAGUCACUUGAUGGUAGGUAGAGACAUGAAAAAAAAAAAAUACACUCACGUAAUUGUGAUUUUUAUGUACUAGCACGGUGUACUUAGUCAAAAGCUCCAAUUAGAUCUGGGAAAUAUUAGGAAUUUCACACUUAAAGUCAUCAUAUGGAUGAUUUCAUCUCCUGACUCGACUCAAGUCUUACUUAUGUGGCCAAAUAGGUUAACAGACAUGCUCCAAAAUGACCUUUGUAGCAUGGAACCACUUUGUAGUCAGUGGCUGUAAAGGCAGUACGUAGCACUUAGCUGUGUUGCGCUUUGGAGAAAAGUUCCAACAAGAUUAAUCCUAGAAAGCUGAAACAAACUAGUCUUGUUCUCUAAAGACACUCACUUUGGCAUAUCGCAGUUUAACCUUUAACAACACUGUUUUUAUUAUUUUUCUUUGAUUGAAUAUGCUUCGUAGUGCCAAGUACAGUUCUGACACCUGAAAGAGGUUCUGCUAAUCCCGUUUUUAUAUGAACGUCUGCUUUCUGAUUCACCAAGUUGAGGAUUAUUAGAAGAUGCCAGAGGUAAACACAUUCCAGGGAAUAGUUUGAUAUACUCAUUCACAAACUUUACUAACCCAGAGUCCAGUUUGGAUGGGAAGAGAUAAUCAUGUAAUUUGUGAUUUUUUUUUUUUUCUCCGAAGAGUUUUUGCGGCGCUAGUGGUAUUUUUUGUGACAGUAGGCAGACAGGAAAGAGGGCGAGGAGAGGGUGGAGGACAUGCGGCAAAGGUCGCCGUAACCGGGAGUCGAACCCGCGACGUCUGCGGGAUGAAGACGAAGGACUAAGGCCUUAAAACGUGGGGCGUGUUAACCUCACCUCCUGUGCCACCACAGCACGCCACGUAAUUUGUGAUUUCUAACAAGCUGGUAGAACUAAAAGGGCCACCGGAAGACAUAAAAUAGUGGCGUAGUCAUGGAACUGAUUGCUGAAAUGUUCAGCAGUAAAAACAAUGAAGUUCUGCCUCAGGUAUGUUUAGAAGUUGCACUAGAAGACAUUACCAGCUCUGUGGUCAUUUUUUAUCACAUAUUUGAGUGCUCCUUACAAAAUACUUUUGGAAUGAUGUAGUGCAAAGGCCCUCAUGCAUGUUCAGAUCGAGAUCGCCGACAUGCCAUUGGUAAUGUGACUGUUUUUGGCGGUGUUGUACGUCACGUUGUCAGGAAAUACUGUAGAUUUAUUUCUAACAAUGUUGGGAAAUUCAAUUUGAUGCCAAAAUGCCUUUGAACUGAUCUUUUACAAAUACCCAAAACAUCAGAUUUGGUUUUGUCAUCCAUCUGUAAAAUGAAGUCGCUGAUAAAGUCUUUUCAGUAAAUAAAAAGAUUACUUAUAAUUUUCAGGCUAGAAUAAAGACAGUGUGGAAAUAGGAUUCUUUUAGAGGAUGUUAAUGUUGGAGCCUAAUAUUUUCUUCCAGUUAGCAUGAAGAACUUGCAUUAAAAAAAAAAUCUGUAUUUGGACUUGUAAGGACAAAACAUUUUUGUUUGCAUGUGUUAAUGUAAUUUUUGGAAGUGGUAUUUGCAAUACAAAAAAAAGACAACUUU